CAAAAACGUGUAGGAUAUUGUUUACGAUUUCUGACUAUAUUACAUAGUAGAUGUGCCAAUUCAAAUUACUGAACCACCGCAACAAGUUUAAGUUUCACCCGAACGUACUAAGUGCCAUGAUUCCCACUUAAAAUCAAAGUUGCUCGACCGUACUAAACCCAUCUGGUUGCACCCCUCAGCCAAUUAACACGAACGUAUUUUUAAUCCCACCCACACCCGAACAGGAGACAUUCCCAUUGGCUUGUCACACGAAAUCGUCGGAUGUAAAUGAGACAAGAUCUCAUCGGCUCUCAACUAAUUGCUUUAGCAAGUUAGUCCGUUAAAAAUCCCAAUCUCGACGAGCGAUGUCGCGAUAUCCAGAAAUGUUCGUUUUUCCCGACAACAUCAAAUCAGAGGAAGCCAUGACCAACGACUGCUAUGACACCCUUCAGUUGGGCUACCAAAAUCCGUGCUAUUACGAGUACGCAGGACAAGAACCAUCACACAUUCAAGGCGUCACCGAGAUUUAUCCUUCUUACUUCAACGUUCACCAGGAGUACCUUUACUAUGAUCCGAGGAACUGUGAAUACCUCCAGCGAAGUUUGGCUGAUAGGAGUUUUAAAGGUGAACAGUUCGCGUGUGGAGUUGUGAUGGACGGGUUAGAUGCCUCAAGAGAGUGUGAAGAGCCCUGCCAGGGUAGUUCGCAACAAGCGACUUUGAAGGGCAAAGGUUUUGCUCGUGAAGAUGCCGGUGCCGGCUCAAGAUCUAAAGUGAUGCUGUGCGAUGGACUCGAGACAGGAGAGGGUCUUAUUAAAAAUUCAAGAUAUAGUCAAGGACUGGGUGUUUGUAGCAGUUCGAGGAAUAGCGAAGGUACUAGUCCCACGAAAAGUACCAAGCCAAGGAAGGAGAGAACGACGUACACAGAUAAACAAAUUUUCGGACUAUGGGCAGAAUUCCAACGUUCGAAGUAUUUGACGAGACUUAGAAGAUACGAGAUUUCAGUAGAAUUAGGUUUAACAGAAAGUCAGGUAAACCUUGCACGUUUGUAAAUCUGAAAAAUGUAGGGAAAGUAACAUCUAACGAUGAGGUAGUAAAAAAUGAGUCAAAUCAUAACUAACCAGAAUGCUCAACUUAUUUGCAAUUAUUGUUUUAUCCGAGAAUUUUUCUAUUGUUUAAAAAUCAGUAAUUUUUUAAGAUUAUGUUUGACGGGUGAAAUAGUUGGCUCAUUUGAAG